UGGCUACCCUCCUGCCAACUUCUCAGAUCAGAAGGCUUUUGUUUCUUUGCUUGGAAUUUUUCUCCCAGCCAGCAACAGCCUUCUCAGCUUCCCUAGCUCAUCUGUACUUGCCGACACAACCACACCAUCAGCCAUGGCUGCCAUUGCUUCUUCAUGCCAACUGGUGGUUCCCUCCGCCGCUGUGGCCAAGGUCGCUGCUCCUAAGCGCCAGGCCCGCAUUGCCUCCUUCGGCCAGUUCUCCGGCCUGAAGGCCUCAUCCUGCGUGUCGGCUGUCGCUGAGAGGAAGACUGUUGACGAGAGCUUCGCCCAGAUCGCUGCUGAUGCCAGGCGGACCGGCGCUCGCGGCGGUGCUCUCUCCUCCAGGUGUGACAUCGGCGCCGAGAUCAUCCGGGUGGUUCCGAUCAUCGGCGGCAUGAUCUUCACCGGCAUUGCUCUGGGCUUUGUGCUGCUCCGUGUUGAGGCCUGGGUUGAGGAGGAGGAGUCUUAAAUCCGUGUCCUUAUAAUGUUUAAUCAAUGAAAUAUUCUCGGUUUAGUGAAACCCCAUUCUUUCUGAAGCGUCCAAUUUGUUCCUCUCUGUCCCUCAAUGACCCAGCAUAGCCAUUUCUCGAUCACCAAGCUGACAGUAUUUGUGCAAUGCUGUCUAAGGUUUCUGCGUGCGUUUCAGAUCCGCAUUGCUAGAGGUCUCCUCGGUGCACUGUUCCGCCCUAGAGCUGUGCGAACGUGCGAGCUUGUGCCGAUCUCCCGCCGUGCUUUCGUAUCCCUUUUUCUCUCGGAAGGUUGUUAUAGCCUCAGUUACGGCUGAAAGCUUU